AUGGACAUUCCAGAGUCUACUGCUUUUUUGGAUUUGUUCUUCCUUCUUCGGCAACAACCCCUCUGCAUUGAUAUGUUUUCCUUCCAACCUGACGAAUAUAAACUUGUCCUGUCUGCUCUGCCACUUCUAAACAAUCUUUUAUCAUUGGUAGAUGAUAUAAGUGAGCCUGACACCAAACAGGGGUCAGAUACAGUUUCAGGAAACUGUCCUAUCCUUCUUCACAUCAUUAAUAAUAGAAAGAGCAUGCACAGCCAGGAAGCAGAAGCUGGGGUGGCUGUUUUCGCUGUUACUCUACAGCACAGAAACAUGGACCUCUCCGUUUUGCCAAACAACAACCAUCCCGAUAAAUUCCUGCAACUGGAGGUGAAGUCUUUAGAGAAAAGCCCCACCUGUCUGCAAGCCGGCUGGGCAAAAUUCCCAGAUGCAGCUUUACCUGGAGUGCAGCGGUGGCACAACAGAGUAUAUUUACAGAGAGAAAAAAGAACUGUCACUGAGCUGCCAGGCUUAGACUUGAACAGGGUCAGUCAAGAAAUGAUAGACAAAGCCCUGGGGAAACACAUUACACCCAUCACCCUGAAAUCCACAAUCAAAAGAAACCCGUUGUAUAGUGACAUCCAGGUGGAUGACGACUGGGAGGAGAAGAAAAAAAACCCUUCCUGGACCGUGCAGGACUAUGACAGACACUCGCUGCACUCUAACCUGGCCAGCCACAUAAAGGAAAAUCCUAAUGACCUACAGUUCUGGAUGGGGGAUAUUUAUACUCCUGGGUAUGAUACCUUGUUAAAAAAGAAAGAGAGAGAAAAAAAGCAUUCCAAAUAUUGCCGAAUCAUCCUGCUCAUGGUACUAGCUGUUUGCAUCCUAAUUACCAUAGUCACACUCUGUGUUUUACUUACUUAG